AAGAAACCAUUCAUUCUCCGGCAAACAGUGUGAGAACAUCAAGAAGUUAAUUUUAAUGACUACACCAAUCUUCAAAGCCGUCUUGAGAAAUGACUUGUCAGCUUUUCUCGAUCUCAUCCAAGCAAAUCCAUCAGUGCUCGAGGAAAGAUAUGAUGGGGAGAGUUUCCGGGGAACGGUUUUGCACUUCGCUGUGGAAGCGGAACAUGGAGAGUUUGUGGCAAGGAUAAUCGAGGUUUGCCCUUCCCUUGUCCGAUCAACUAACUGUGAUGGCGACACACCUCUUCAUUCAGCAGCCCGUUUGGGACAAGUGAGCGCUGUGACGCAGAUAUUAGAGUCUGGACAAGCUUUGUGUAUGGCUCUUAACAGCCAAGGAGAAACAGCGUUAAACUUGGCCUGCGCCAACAAACACCUUGAUAUUGCGGGACUCAUUCUGGAAAAAACUAGUUCGAUCACCAUCGUGGAAUUUUAUGCCACCAUUAAAGAAGACUCGACAGAUCUCUCAAGGAGAAUGCUAGAAAAGUUCCCAAAUCUAGCGUGGCAUGUUGAUGGAGAAUUUUCCACACCGUUGCAUUAUGCAUGCGAUGUCGGUAAUCUUGAUAUAGUAAAGAUGCUGCUAGAUCUUGAUGAAAUACUUGCAGAGAGGGUCAAUAGAGAUGGUAUCACACCUUUGCAUUUGGCGGUUAUGAAAUGCUCAGUUACAAUCUUGAAGGAGUUUUUGGACAAGACUCCAAGAUCUUUCAACACACUCACACCAGCAAAAGAAACUGUCUUCCAUCUAGCUGCGAAACACCAAAACAUAUCAGCCUUCAUUUUCAUGGCACAGAAUUCAGACAUAACCGAACUUCUCCACCGGAUGGAUAAACAGGGCAAUACUGUUCUACACACUGCAGCCUCCGUAGCCUGCCUUUCCGUGGUUACCUACAUUAUUUAUGAAACAACCAUAGAGCUCACAGCCAAGAACAAGUGGGGUUUGGAAGCUGUUGACUUAGUCAACAAAUAUGAUCAUCGUUAUCUAACCAGCUUGCUCAAGCUUGAUGCAGACCAAAUUCGAAAUCCUCAAGCCCGGAGUAAAUUAGAAACUAAACCCCAAACUCAUACAGUGAUACAAACAUAUGAUCCCCAACUUCUGUAUAUGAUGAAUAGUGUCAAGAAGCAAAUCAAGACAGAUCUUCCAAACAGGGAACGUGAGAUGCACGCAGAGGCAUUACAGAGCGCAAGGAACACAAUAACAAUAGUAGCGGUCUUGAUUGCAACAGUUGCUUUCACAUGCAGUAUUAAUCCUCCCGGUGGCGUCUAUCAAGAAGGACCUGCCAUAGGAAAAUCGACUGUGGGAAGAACGUUGGCCUUCAAAAUCUUUUCGAUAAGCAACAACAUCGCCUUGUUCACAUCGCUAUGCAUUGUCAUUCUUCUGGUUAGCAUCAUACCUUACAGGACGAAACCGCUCAUGAAAUUCUUGAUUAUAACACAUAGGAUGAUGUGGAUUGCUGUUACAUCCAUGGCUACUGCUUAUGUCUCAGCCGCUUGGAUAAUUGUACCGCCUCUUGGAGGAACAAAGUGGUUGUUUUACGCCAUUCUUGCUAUCUCUAGCUCCACACUGGGAGGCUUGUUUGUGUAUCUUGGUUAUAAACUGGUUACACACAUGUCUAAGAAGACAGAGUGGAAGAAAAACAUGUCCUCUGUUCCUGUAGUUCCUACGACUAGUGUAGUUAACCCUACGACUACUGGAGCAGACAAUUGGGCUAGUGCAGCCUCAGACAGAGGAGCGGCUGCAGCGGAAGGCUAUUACAUCUAUUGAACUCUGUAAUAAAAGAGAAACUCGUAAAUUUGGAGCGUGUUAGCUCCCUUAUUAAAAUUCUACAUUCUCA